AUGGGAUGCUCACCUACUGUCUACCCAGCAGAGCAUCAGCCGCAUUUCAUGGCAGCGAGUAGUUCGGACAUUACAGCCCAUGGUGUAUACGCGCCUGCACAAGCAAGAGUCACUUCACAACCCGUGGCGUCGACCAGCACGAGCUCACCAGACACUUCUACAUUCCUUACUAGAUCACAGGGGAAAUUGAUGUCAGCCUUCGAGACUGAUACAGUAGCCCCGACAACAGCCGAACUUGGGAUCGAGAUGAAGGAUAACGACGCGCAGCUGUAUUUCAACGCUUUCUUCUCCGGUUGUGACCGCUACGUUCCUGUCUUUGACCAACGAUUUGACACAAUUGAAGCUAUUCGCAAUAACAGUUCUUUACUAUUUAUCACAAUAUGCUCAGUUGGAUGUCGUGUACUCAACGGCACGAGUUCGAGAUGGCGAGCUCUUGCGCUCCAGACUCAACGCAUGCUCAAUGCCGCUAUCGUCAAUCCGUCGAUGGGAAGUCUCGAGACGGUACAGGCGAUCCUUGUUCAAGCUUGCUAUGCGGGAGAGAGGGCACUUCUGAUUGCAAUUGCGACGCGAAUGGCCUUGGAUCUUGGAUUCCCCGAAGCCUACGAUACACUCAUUUCGAAAUCCGUCUUGGGAGAAAUGCAGAUCGAUAACGGGGACCAAGCGAACUACAAUGACAACACUACACGCAUGCGCAAGACUAGAGUCUGGCUGCAUUUAUUGGUGAUGAGCUACAUUUUGCAUGUGGAUGCCGGUGGAAUGCCAACGUUCAAGUUUCGAGGUGCUUCACGCAGAUGCAGAGUUCUUUUGCAAAGUCCACUUGCUACUGGGAUGGACCAUUAUCUCUUUGCUCAAGUCGAGCUCAACGUUCUUCGUGCAAAGAUAUACGCAUCUCUGCCCCAGGGCUCCCAUCUGAGCGACGAAGAGAUUCUCGAUCUUGUGAAAGAUGCAAAACUUGACAUUGAUGUCUGGUUCCAGGACUGGAUACGCAUCUCACAGCCGCAUCAUGAAUCGAUGCCUUGGUUUGUCCCUAACCUGUCUGUUCAGCGCUGCUGGGCUGAUAACAUGGCUCUCUGCCGUGCGGUGAGGGCUGCAGGCGUGGAGAACGUCAACGUCAUGUCGCCCAUCCAGACGAACAUCUUGUCGAUGACCAAAGCCUCGCUUCAGCAACAUCUUGAUAUCAUCAUCCAAGAACCAAGGAUAUAUCUCAAGAGCAUUCGGUAUGCAAUGGACUUUGUCUGGGCUAAGAAUACAUUCUGCUGCCUUCUUCUGCUCAAGUUGUCCGCUUUACUCCCUGAACCAGAGAGAUUGCAGACACAAGGACUUAGCAACGAGCUUGUUAUGAAGGCUAGCAUCUUGCUACAGGAACUGGAGCUAGUGGCUGCCGCGGGACACAAAGACGACACUCGAUCAAAUACCAGUUCACUAUACCUCCAACUUUUGAAGACGAGUAUACAGAAGUAUAAGCGCUGGCUAGGUCAAGAUGAGGGAGGCCCCGAAGGAGGACAGCCAUCCUUUCCUCUGAUUCAAGAGGGAAAUUGCGACAAUGAGCUUGAGUCUUUUGUCCCAGAUCAGUUCGUCUUCGAAUGGGACUUUCCAGGUCUGACACUGUUUUCGUCUCCGAUCAAUGAAGCCGGUUGGAUAAAUGAACUUCUCGCCGGGGCGCAAGAGUUUGGGGAAAACGGAAGUAGCAUCAAUUGGGCUCUAAUUGACUUUUCCAUGUGA